GAUGGGGGGUGCUGCCAUGCUCACAGUGCUGCUGGCUGGGAUGUGCCUGUGGACCUCCACCGCUCAUGCAGGUAGUUCAACAAAAGUGGUGUGUUUGUGCUCUAGUUUACAUAAUCACCAGUGUGUUUGUGUGUUGUAUAUCUUUGUGUAUUUGUGCCUGUCCUUUUGUUUGUGUGUUUAUGUGUAUCUGAGUGUGAGUGAGUGUGUUGCUGCUGGGGAAUCAGCUGGGUGCAGAUGUGUGUGUACUGUAGAUGAGAAGUGCUCGUUGUUGUAUGGUACUGAAACAAUAGAGCAAAGGAUGAGUGGGUCUUCCCAGACUCAGCCCCAGCAUCAGCACCCAGCCUCAGCCCCAGCCUCAGGCCCAGCCUCAGGCCCAGCCUCAGCCUCAGCCUUAGCCCCAGCCUUAGCCCCAGCCCCAGCCCUAGACUCAGCCCCAGCCCCAGCCCCCAGCCUCAGUCCCAGCCCCAGCCCCAGCCUCAGCCCCAGCCUCAGUCCCAGCCCCACCAGACCUGGACCUUCUCUCACCACUGCCUUUUAUAUUUUGUAGAUCAGUCAUCCGUGGAGUCAUCAGAGGGUAAGUUUGUUUCUGUCUAAUAAUGUCAACCACAGAUACUCUAUAGAGCUGUGUAACUGUUUAUUAUAAAUCUGUCCUGUGUCUUUAUGUUCACGUUUGUGUUUUGUGUGUGCGUGCGUGUGUGUGCGUGCGUGUGUUUGUGCAUACGUACACAGCACACACACUCACUGGUUCCCUCUCCCCCAGGCCCUGACGACAGCACCGACCUUCUGUGUACAUGUGAGAACAACAAGGGGACGUGUACGAACGGCACCUGCAGGGGUGACUACUGCUUCUACACCAAGGUGCAUGGCAGAGAGGAGAAGGGCUGCUUCCAGAAGGACCACCACAAGGAACAGUGCUACACCAACUUCCUGGGACUGUACGUCCACUGCUGCUCCAAGAACCUCUGUAAUGUCAACAGCACCGCUCCUCCUGACCCAGGUCAGAACACUGUAGCUACUCUAGAACCUCCACUCAAACAGUCUAGAACCUCUGUAACACCAACAGCUCUGCUCCACCAGACCCAGGUCAGAACACUGCAGCUACUCUAGAAGCCUCUCCAACAACCUAGAACCGCUAAUGGCAUGUCUGGUCUCAUAUGAGGUCCAUACUUCUUGUUUCCCUUCUUCCCCUCUAUAAUCAGGGACUGAUUCAGACCCGAGACACUCUCUCGUCAAUCAGUGACUUGAAUCAAUCAAUUAACUACCAGGCAGAAAAUGAAACCAGCAGUCAAACUUGAGGCUCAUAUUUCAGUAGUUCUACUCUGGAACAACUCCUCUGGGAGUCUGGCUAACACGGCAGUGUCAUACAGAAUUCUCUGGGAGUCCGACUAACAGGGCAGUGUCAUACAGGUCUCUCUGGAGUCCGACUAACAGGGCAGUGUCAUACAGAAUUCACUGGGAGUCCGACUAACAGGGCAGUGUCAUACAGGUCUCUCUGGGAGUCCGACUAACAGGGCAGUGUCAUACAGAAUCCUCUGGGAGUCCGACUAACAGGGCAGUGUCAUACAGGUCUCUCUGGGAGUCCGACUAACAGGGCAGUGUCAUACAGGUCUCUCUGGGAGUCCGGCUAACACGGCAGUGUCAUACAGAAUUCUCUGGGAGUCUGACUAACAGGGCAGUGUCAUACAGGUCUCUCUGGGAGUCCGACUAACAGGGCAGUGUCAUACAGAAUUCUCUGGGAGUCCGACUAACAGGGCAGUGUCAUACAGGUCUCUCUGGGAGUCCGACUAACAGGGCAGUGUCAUACAGAAUUCUCUGGGAGUCCGACUAACAGGGCAGUGUCAUACAGGUCUCUCUGGGAGUCCGACUAACAGGGCAGUGUCAUACAGAAUUCUCUGGGAGUCCGACUAACAGGGCAGUGUCAUACAGAAUCCUCUGGGAGUCCGACUAACAGGGCAGUGUCAUACAGAAUCCUCUGGGAGUCCGACUAACAGGGCAGUGUCAUACAGAAUCCUCUGGGAGUCCGACUAACAGGGCAGUGUCAUACAGAAUCCUCUGGGAGUCCGACUAACAGGGCAGUGUCAUACAGAAUCCUCUUGGAGUCCGACUAACAGGGCAGUGUCAUACAGGCCUCUGAUACCCCCUGGUGGCUGUUGGUGGGCUUUUAUAUCAAAAUCAUCUUGGCUUUCUGCUAUUCCCUCUUACCUGUAUGACUGUGUGUGUGUGUGUGUUUACUGUCCAGCAGGUGAGCCUACAAGGGAGGAGAACGGUGUGAUUCUGCUGGUGGCUGUCCCCCUGCUGCUGCUGCUGAUCCUGUCUGUGGGUGUGUGUGGCCUGGUGUUGUGGCUCCGCUCCAGACCACAGCACCACAGAGUUGGCCACAACGAGGACCAUGACGUCACCAUGCUCAAGGUCCCCAGCGGGGCAGAUCCCACCUAUGGGGUAAGAAUGGAAUUUAAUGAAAUUGAAUAGAAUUGUAUUGAUACAAAGGAGGACAUUUAGAUGUAACAGAAUCAGUACCAAGAUCACUGCCACUUAGCAAUAAUAUUGGUACUUACAGUAUAUUAUCAAAUUGAUACUCUUUCUGUGUCUGCAGGAUGUCUUUGAUGAGUUCUGUACCUCAGGCAGUGGGACUGGUCUGCCAUACCUGGUACAGAGGACCAUGGCUCAACAGAUCUCUCUGGUCGAGUGUAUCGGUAAAAUACUCUCCUCCAUUCUCACUCCCUCCUCUAUUUCUCUCAGUGUCUCACUCGAACUCACUCGUUCAUGUACCAGCAUGUAAUGGUUUAUGGACCCUUUGGGUUAAUUUCUAGUCUUACUAGUGUGAUAACGUUAUUACACCAACCCACUCCAUCUCUGCUGUGUUUCUGUUCCUCUGUUCUGCUCUCUACCCAGGUAAGGGCAGGUAUGGAGAGGUGUGGAGAGGCACCUGGAUGGGAGAGAGUGUUGCAGUGAAGAUCUUCUCCUCCAGGGAUGAGCAGUCUUGGUUCAGGGAGACAGAGAUUUACAACACUGUACAGCUCAGACACGACAACAUCCUAGGUGAGUCAGCAUAACAUUUACAUUUACAUUUACAUCAUUUAGCAGACGCUCUUAUCCAGAGCGACUUACGAAUUGGUGCAUUCAACUUAACCCUGUUUAGCUCUCAAUUUCUACCAAUUCCCUUGGAUUCAAAAUAGUGUUUGUUUUCUUUCAAUGAAUUCUGGUACACUUGAUUUAGCUUGCCUGGCCUGGUCUGACUAUCACAAUACCUUCUGUCUUCUCUCCCCCAGGCUUCAUAGCGUCUGACAUGACAUCUAAGAACUCCACUACUCAGCUGUGGCUGAUCACCCACUUCCACCAGCUGGGUAGUCUCUACGACUUCCUCCAGUACAGCAGCGUGGACCCAGAGGGUUGCCUAAGGAUGUGCCUGUCUGUAGCCUGUGGUCUGGUCCACCUUCACACAGAGAUACUCAGCUGCCAGGGCAAACCCGCCAUCGCCCACCGAGACCUGAAGAGCCGAAACAUCCUGGUCAAGAGGAAUGGACAGUGCUGCAUCGCUGACCUGGGUGAGAGGAGGAGAAGGUGGAAGGAAAGGAGAGGGCUGAAGAAGAGGGCUGAAGGAGAGGGCUGAAGGAGAGAGGGCAGAAGGAGAAGGCUGAAGGAGAGGGCUGAAGGAGAGGGCUGAAGAAGAGAGGGCUGAAGGAUAGAGGGAUGAAGGUGAGAGGGCAGAAGGAGAGGGCUGAAGGAGAGAGGGAUAGAGAGGAGAGAGCUGAAGGAGAGAGGGUUGAAGAAGGGAGGGCUAGAGGAGAGAGGGAUAGAGGAGAGAGGACUGAAGGAGAAGGGGCUGAAGAAGAGAGUUCUGAAGGAGAGAGGGCUAGAGGAGAGAGGGCUGGAGAGAGGGCUGAAGGAGAGAGGGCUGAAGGAGAGAGGACUAAAGGAGCAAGGGCUGAAGAAGAGAGGGCUGAAGGAGAGAGGGCAGACGGAGAGAUGGCUAGAGAAGAAAGGGCUAGAGGACAGAGGGAUGAAGAAGAGAGGGCUAGAGGAGAGAGGGCUGAAGUAGAGAGGGCUGAUGGAGAGAGGGCUGAAAGAGAGAGGGCUGAAGGAGAGACGGCUAGAGAGGAAAGGGCUGAAGAAGAGAGGGCUGAAGGAGAGGGCUGAAGGAGAGAGGGCUAGAGGAGAGAGGGCUGAAGGAGAGAGGGCUAGAGGAGAGGGGGCUAAAGGAGAGAGGGCUGAAGGAGAGAGGGCUGAAGGAAGAGGGCUGAAGGAGAGAGGGCUAGAGGAGAGAGGGCUGAAGGAAACAGGGCUAGUGGAGAGAGGGUUAGAGGAGAGAGGGCUGAAAGAGAGAGUGUGCUUAAGGAGAGAGGGCUAGAGAGGAGACGGCUGAAGGAGUGAGGGCUGAAAGAGAGAGGUCUAAAGGAGGGGGCUGGAGGAGAAGGCUGAAGGAGAGAGGGCUAGAGGAGAGAGGGCUAGAGGAGAGAGGCCUGAAGGAGAGAGUGCUGAAGGAGAGGGCUAGAGAGGAGAGAGGGAUAGAGGACAGAGGGCUAGAGGAGAGAGGGCUGAAGGAGAGAGGGCUGAAUGAGAGAGGGCUAGAGAGGAGAGGGCUGAAGGAGAGAGGGCUGAAGGAGAGGGCUGAAGGUGAGAGGGCUAGAGGAUAGAGGGCUGAAGGAGAGAGGGCUAGAGGAGAGAGGGCUGAAGGAGAGAGGGCUAGAGGAGAGAGGGCUGAAGGAGAGAGGGUUAGAGGAGAGAGGGACGAAGGACCGAGAGGGCUAGAGGAGAGAGGGUUAGAGGAGAGAGGGCUGAAGGAGAGAGGGCUGAAGGAGAAGGCUGAAGGAGAGAGGGAUGAAGGAAAGAGGGGUUAAGGGGCAAGGGCUGAAGGAGUGAGGGCUGAAUGAGCGAAGGCUGAAAGAGAGACGGCUGAAGGAGAGAGGGCAGAAGGAGAAGGCUGAAGGAGAGAGGGCUGAAGGAGAGAGGGCUAGAGGAGAGAGGGCUAGAGGAGAGAUGGCUGAAGUAAAGAGGGAUAGAUAGGAGAGGGCUGAAGGAGAGGGAGGAGUAGAGAGGUCAGAAGGAGAGGGCUGAAGUAGUGAGGGCUGAAGGAGAGGGCUAAAAGAGAGAGGAAUGGAGGAGAGAGGAUUGAAGGACAGAGGGCUAGAGGAGAGGGCUGAAGGAGAGAGGGCUAGAGGGCUAGAGGAGAGAGGGCUGAAGGAGUGCAAGGCUGAAGGAAUGAGGGCUGAAGGAGAGAGGGCUGAAGGAGAUGGCUGGAGGAGAGGGCUGAAGGAGAGAGGACUAGAGGGGAGAGGGCUAGAGGAGAGAGGGCUGAAGAAGAGCGUGCUGAAGGAGAAGGGCUAGAGAGGAGAGGUCUGAAGGAGUGAGGACUAGAGGAGAGAUGGAUAGACCCGAGAGGGCUAGAGGAGAGAGGGCUGAAGUAGAGAGGGAAGAAGUAGAGAGAGCAGAAGGAGAGGGCUGAAGGAGUGAGGGCUGAAGGAGAGGGCUAAAAGAGAGAGGAAUCGAUGAUAGAGGGCUAGAGGAGAGAGGGCUGAACGACAGAGGGCUAGAGGAGAGAGGGCAGAAUAUGAGAAGGCUGAAGAAGAGAGGGCACAAUGAUAGGGCUGAAGGAGAGCAGGAUGAAGGAAUGAACACUGAAGGAGAAAGGGCUGAAGGAGAGGGCUGGAGGAGAGAGGGCUAUAGGGGAGAGAGCUAGAUGAGAGAGGGCUAGAGGAGAGAGGGCUGAAGGAGAGAGGGCAGAAUGAUAGGGCUAAAGAAUAGAGAGCACUGAGGUAGAGGGCUACAAGAGAGAGGAAUAGAGGAGAGAGGGCUAGAGGAGAGAUGGCUGAAGGACAGAGGGCUAGAUGAGAGAGGGCUAAAGGAGUGAGGGCUGAAGGAGAGAGGGCUGACGGAGAGAGGGCUAGAGGAGAGAGGUCUAGAGGAGAGAGGGCUAGAGGAGAGAGGGAUUAAGGAGAGAGGGCUGGAGGAGAGAGGGCUGUAGGAGAGAGGGCUGGAGGAGAGAGGGCUGGAGGAGAGAGGGCUAGAGGAGAGAGGGUUAUAGAGGAGAGAGGGCUGAAGAAGAGUGGGCUGAAGGAGUGAGGGCUGAAGGAGAGAGGGUUGAAAGAGUGAGGGCUAAAGGAGAGAGGGCUAAAGGAGAGAGUGGUAUAGUAGAGAGGGAUGAAGAAGACAGGGCUAGAGGAGAGAGGGCUGACGGAGAGAGUGCUGAAGGAGUGAGGGCUGAAGGAGCGAAGGCUGAAUGAGAGACGGCUGAAGGAGAGAGGCAGAAGGAGAGGGCUGAAGGAGCGGCCUGAAAGAGAGGGCUGAAAGAGAGAGGGCUAGAGGAGAGUGGGCUGAAGGAGAGAUGGCUGAAAGAGCGAGGGCUGAAGUAAAGAGGGAUAGAUAGGAGAGGGCUGAAGAAGAGGGAGGAGUAGAGAGGUCAGACAUUGAGGGCUGAAGGAGAGAGGGCUGAAGUAGAGGGCUAAAAGAUAGAGGGACAGAGAAUAGAGGUCUAGAGGAGAGAGGGCUAAAGGACAGAGGGCUAGAGGAGAGAGGGCUGAAAGAGAGAGGGCUAGAGGAGAGAGGGCUGAAGAAGAGAUAGCUGAAGGAGAGAGGGCUAAAGGAGUGAGGGCUGAAGGAGAGUGGGCUGAAGGAAUGAGGGCUGAAGGAGAGCGGGCUGAAGGAGAGGGCUGGAGGAGAGGGCUGAAGGAGAGAGGGCUAGAAAGGAGAGGUCUGAAGGAGUGAGGGCUAGAGGAGAGAGGGAUAGAGGAGAGAGGGCUAAAGGAGAGAGGGCUGAAGCAGAGAGGGCUAGAGAGGAGAGUGCUGAAGGAGUGAGGGCUAAAGGAGAGAGGGCUGAAGGAGAGAAGUUUAGAGGAGAGAGGGCUAGAGGAGAGAGGGAUUAAGGAGAGAUGGUUUUAGGAGAGAGCGCUAGAGGAGAGAGGGCUGAAGGAGAGAGGGCUAGAGGAGAGAGGGUUAUAGAGGAGAGAGGGCUGAAGGAGAGAGGGCUGAAGGAGAGAGGGCUAGAAGAGAGAGUGCUGACGGAGAGUGGGUUAAAGAGUGAGGGCUGAAGGAGAGGGGGCUAGAGAGGAGAGGGCUGAAGCAGAGAGGGCUGAAGCAGAGAGGGCUGAAGGAGACGGCUGAAGGAGUAAGGCCUAGUAAGAGAGAGGGCUGAAAAUGAGAGGGCUAAAGGAGAGAGGGUUAGAGCAGAGAGGGCUAGAGAGGAGACGGUUGAAGGAGUGAGGGCUGAAAGAGAGAGGGUUGAAAAUGGGCUGGAGGAGAGUGCUGAAGGAGAGAAGGCUAGAGGAGAUAGGCUUAGAGGAGAGAGGGCUGAAGAAGAGAGUGCUGAAGGAGAGAAAGCUAGAGGAGAGGUCUGAAGGAGUGAGGGCUGAAGGAGAGAGAGCUAGAGGAGAGAGGGCUAGAUGAGAGAGGGCUGAAGGAGUGAGGGCUGAAGGAGAGAGGGCUAGAGAGGUGAGGGCUGAAGGAGAGAGGGGUUAAGGGGGCAAGGGCUGAAGGAGUGAGGGCUGAAGGAGCGAAGGCUGAAAGAGAGACGAAGGCAGAAGAAGAGGGCAGAAGGAGAGGGCUGAAAGAGAGAGCUAGAGGAGAGAGGGCUGAAGAAAAGAGGGCUGAAGGAGAGAGGGCAGACGGAGAGGGCUGAAAGUGAGGGCUGAAGAAGAGAGGGCUAGAGGAGAGAGGCCUGAAGGAGAGAGGGCUAGAGGAGAGAGGGCUGAAGGAGAAGGGCUGAAGGAGCAAGGGCUGAAGGAUAGAGAGGGCUAGAGGAGAGAUGGCUAGAGAAGAAAGGGCUAGAGGACAGAGGGAUGAAGAAGAGAGGGCUAGAGGAGAGAGGUCUGAAAGAGUGAGGGCUGAAGGAGAGACGCUAGAGAGGAAAGGGCUGAAUAAGAGAGGGCUGAAGGAGAGGGCUGAAGGAGAGAGGGCGAGAGGAGAGAGAGAUGAAGAAGAGAGGGCUAGAGGAGAGGGGGCUAAAGGAAAGAGGGCUGAAGGAGAGAGGGCUGAAGGAAGAGGGCUGAAGGAGAGAGGGCUAGAGGAGAGAGGGCUGAAGGAAAGAGGGCUAGAGGAGAGAGGGUUAGAGGAGAGAGGGCUGAAGGAGAGAGGGUGCUUAAGGAGAGAGGGCUAGAGAGGAGACGGUUUAAGGAGUGAGGGCUGAAAGAGAGAAGUCUGAAGGAGAGGGCUGGAGGAGAAGGCUGAAGGAGAGAGGGCUAGAGGAGAGAGGGCUAGAGGACAGAGGGCUAGAGGAGAGAGUGCUGAAGGAGAGGCCUAGAGAAGAGAGAGGGCUAGAGGACAGAGGGCUAGAGGAGAGAGGGCUGAAGAAGAGAGGGCUGAAAGAUCGAGGGCUGAAUGAGAGAGGGCUAGAGAGGAGAGGGCUGAAGUAGAGAGGGCUGAAGGAGAAGGCUGACGGAGAGAGGGCUGGAGGAGAGAGGGCUGAAGGAGAGAGGGCUAGAGGAGAGAGGGCUGAAGGAGAGAGGGCUAGAGGAGAGAGGGCUGAAGGAGAAGGCUGAAGGAGAGAGGGCUGGAGGAGAGAGGGCUAGAGGUAAGAGGGCUGAAGGAGAGAGGGCUAGAGGAGAGAGGGCUGAAUGAGAGAGGGCUAGAGGAGAGAUGGCCGAAGGAAAGAGAGGGCUAGAGGAGAGAGGGUUAGAGGAGAGAGGGCUGAAGGAGUGAGGGCUGAAGGAAAGAGGGGUUAAGGGGCAAGGGCUGGAGGAGUGAGGGCUGAAGGAGCGACGGCUGAAAGAGAGACAGCUGAAGGAGAAGGGCAGAAGGAGAGGGCUGAAGGAGAGGGCUGAAAUAUAGGGCUGAAGGAGAGGGGGCGGAAGGAGAGAGGGCUAGAGGAGAGAGGGCUGAAGAAGAGAGGGCUGAAAGAGCGAGGGCUGAAGUAAAGAGGGAUAGAUAGGAGAGGGCUGAAGGAGAGUGUAGUGGCUUCCUUUCCUCUUUACCAUAGCCACUGCCCUAGCCUGAAGCGGGGUUGUUUCGGACGCAUACAGUCCACACUCAACGUUUCCAAACGGCCAAACAUUCAAUGAGAUCCAGGGAUAUAGUGCAACAAAAAUGUUUAUUCUUCUUAUCUAACAAAAAGGUAUUCUCCAAUCAACUUAAAGCAGAGAUUACUUGAAAUGCAAAUACAUAAUAUAAUAUGACCUGUCUGUCUGUAUUUCUGUAUGUCUAUAUGGUCAAAAAACUAUACCGCUCCCGCAUCUAGCAAGGACUCCUCCCCCCGAAGGCCCAACUUCCUGCCUUUAUACUAAUACAAUUAACACAGUACAAUGAAUGGGCGAGAGGGGGGGCCAAAAACUGAGUUACACUAAUAACAAAUGAAUAUAUCUCAAUCCGGUAAAUAAAUCAUAAAGGUACGUACCUAAUAUUUCAUCAUAUACAUUAAUAUUUAAUAUAUUUACACAAAUGUACAUGGAGCUCAGUAUGUUCAGUCUUUUAUACAAAAUAUGCCCAAAUCGGCUCUAACAGAGAGAGUGCUAGAGGAGAGAGGGCUGAAGGAGAGAGGGCUAGAGGAGAGAGGGCCGAAGGAAAGAGAGGGCUAGAGGAGAGAGGGUUAGAGGAGAGAGGGCUGAAGGAGAGAGGGCUGAAGGAGAGAGGGCUGAAGGAAAGAGGGGUUAAAGGGCAAGGGCUGAAGAAGUGAGGGCUGAAGGAGCGAAGGCUGAAGAAGAGAAGGCUGAAGGAGAGAGGGCUAGAGGAGAGAGGGCUGAAAGAGAGAGGGCUGAAAGAGUGAGGGCUGAAGUAAAGAGGGAUAGAUAGGAGAGGGCUGAAGGAGAGGGAGGAGUAGAGAGGUCAGAAGGAAAGGGCUGAAGGAGUGAGGGCUGAAGGAGAGGGCUAAAAGAGAGAGGAAUAGAGGAUAGAGGGCUAGAGAGAGGGCUGAAGGACAGAGGGCUAGAGGGCUAGAGGAGAGAGGGCUGAAGGAGAGAGGGCUAGAGGAGAGAGGGCUGAAGGAGAGAGGGCAGAAUGAUAGGGCUGAAGGAGAGCAGGCUGAUGGAAUGAGGGCUGAAGGAGUAGGGCUGAAGGAGAGGGCUGGAGGAGAGGGCUGAAGGAGAGAGGGCUAGAGGGGAGAGGGUUAGAGGAGAGAGGGCUGAAGGAGAGAGGGCAGAAUGAUAGGGCUGAAGCAGCGAGCGCUGAAACAGUGAGGGCUAGAGGAGAGAGGAAUAGAGGAGAGAGGGCUAGAGGAGAGAGGGCUGAAGGACAGAGGGCUAGAGGAGAGAGGGCUAAAGGAGUGAGGGCUGAAGGAGCGAGGGCUGAAAGAGUUAGGGCUGAAGGAGAGAUGGCUAGAGGAAAGAGUGGUAGCGUAGAGAGGGAUGAAGAAGAGAGGGCUAGAGGAGAGAGGGCUGAAGGACAAGGUGCUGAAAGAGAGAGCUAGAGAGGAGAGGGCUGAAGGAGUGGGGGCUGGAGCAUAGAGGGCUGAAGGUUAGAGGGCUAGAGGAGAGAGGGCUGAAGGAAGGAGAGGGCUAUAGGAGAGAGGGUUAGAGGAGAGAGGGCUGAAGGAGAGAGGGCUAGAGGAGAGAUGGCAUAAGGAUAUGGCUGAAGAAGAGAGUGCUGAAGGAGAGAGGGCUGAAUGAGAGGAUUGAAAGGGAGGGCUAGAGGAGAAAGGGAUGGAGAGAGGGCUAGAGUAGAGAGGUUUAGAGGAGAGAGGGCUAGGGGAGAGAGUGAUGAAGGACAGAGGGCUAAAAGAGAGAGGCUUAGAGGAUAGAGGGAUAGAGAAGAGAGGGCUGAAGGAUGGAGGGCUGAAAGAGAGAGGGUUAGAGAGGAGAGCGCUGAAGGAGUGGGGGAUGAAAGGAAGAGGGCUGAAGUAGAGAGGGUUGAAGGACAGAGGGCUGAAGGAGAGGGAUGAAGGAGAGGGCUGAAGAAGGGACGGCUGAAAUGAAGAGGGCUGAAGUAGAAUGGGCUGAAGAAGAGGGCUGAAAGAGAGAGGGCUAGAGGAGAGAGUGCUAGAGGAGAGAGGGCUGAAGGAGAAAGGGCUAGAUGAGAGAGAGCAUAAGGAUAGGGCUGAAGGAGAGAGGGCUGAAGGAGAGAGGGCUGAAGUAGAGAGGGCUGAAGAAGAGUGGGCUAGAGGAGAGGGCUGAAGGGGAGGGUUGAAGGAGGGAGGGCUGAAAGGAAGAGGGCUGAAGGAGAGAGGGCCUGAGGAAAGAGGGCUAGAGGAGAGGGCUGAAGGAGAGAGGGCUGGAGGAGAGAGUGCUGAAGGAGAGAGGGCUGAAGGAGUGAGGGCUGAAGGAGGGAGGGCUGAAGGAAAGGGCUGAAGGAGGGAGGGCUGAAGGAAAGGGCUGAAGGAGGAGGGCUAGAGGAGAUAGGGCUGAAGGAUAGAGGACUAGAGGAGAGAGGGCUGAAGGAGUGAGGGCUAGAGAAGAGUGGACUGAAGGAGGGUGGGCUGAAGGAGAGAGGGUUAGAGAGGAGAGGGCUGAAAGAGUGAGGGCUGAAAGGUGAGAGGACUGAAGGAGGGAGGGCUGAAGGAGAGAGGGUUAGAGAGGAGAGGGCUGAAGGAGUGAGGGCUGAAGGAGAGAGGGUUAGAGAGGAGAGGGCUGAAUGAGUGAGGGCUGAAGGAGAAAGGGCUGAAGGAGAGGGCUGAAGGAGGAGGGCUAGAGGAAAGAGGGCUAGUGAAGAGAGGGCUGAAUGAGAGAGGGCUAGAGGAGAGAGGGCUGAAGGAGAGAGGGCUGAAAUAGAGAGGGCUAGAGGAGAGAGGGCUAGCAGAGAGAGGGCUGAAGGAGAGGGCUGAAUGAGAGAGGGCUAGAGGAGAGAGGGCUCGAGGAGAGAGUGCUGAAGAAGAGAGGGCUUAAGGAGAGAGGGCUGAAGGAGAGGGCUGAAGGAGGAUGGCUAGAGGAGAGUGGGCUGAAAUAGAGAGGGCUAGAGGAGAGAGGGCUAGCAGAGAGAGGGCUGAAGGAGAGGGCUGAAUGAGAGAGGGCUAGAGGAGAGAGGGCUGGAUGAGAGAGUGCUGAAGGAGAGAGGGCUGAAGGAGUGAGGGAUGAAGGAGGGAGGGCUGAAAAAGAGGGCUGAAGGAGGGAGGGCUAGAGGAGAGAGGGCUAGAGGAGAGAGGGCUCGAGGAGAGAGUGCUGAAGGAGAGAGGGCUAGAGGAGAGAGGGCUGAAGGAGAGAGGUUUGAAGGAGGAGGGCUAGAGGAGAGUGGGCUGAAGGAGUGAGGGCUAGAGGAGAGAGGACUGAAGGAGGGAGGGCUGAAGGAGAGAGGGUUAGAGAGGAGAGGGCUGAAGGAGUGAGGGCUGAAGGAGAGAGGGUUAGAGAGGAGAGGGCUGAAGGAGUGAGGGCUGAAGGAGAAAGGGCUGAAUGAGAGGGCUGAAGGAGAGGGCUGAAGGAGAGGGCUGAAGGAAAGAGGGCUAGUGAAGAGAGGGCUGAAUGAGAGAGGGCUAGAGGAGAGAGGGCUGAAGGAGAGAGGGCUGAAAUAGAGAGGGCUAGAGGAGAGAGGGCUAGCAGAGAGAGGGCUGAAGGAGAGGGCUGAAUGAGAGAGGGCUAGAGGAGAGAGGGCUCGAGGAGAGAGUGCUGAAGGAGAGAGGGCUUAAGGAGAGAGGGCUGAAGGAGAGGGCUGAAGGAGGAUGGCUAGAGGAGAGUGGGCUGAAGGAGUGAGGGCUAGAGGAGAGAGGACUGAAGGAGGGAGGGCUGAAGGAGAGAGGGUUAGAGAGGAGAGGGCUGAAAAAGAGAGGGCUGAAAGGGAGAGGGCUGAAGAAGAGAGGGCUGAAUGAGAGGGCUGAAGGAGGGAGGGCUGAAAUGAAGAGGGUUUAAGGAGAGAGGGCUGAAGGAGAGAGGGCUGUAGGAGAGAGGGCUAGAGGAGGGAGGGCUAAAGGAGAGAGGGCUGAAGGAGAGAGGGCUAGAGGAGAGAGGGCUGAAGGAGAAAGGGCUGAAGUAGACAGGGCUAGAGGAGAGAGGGCUAGCGGAGAGAGGUGCAAAUUCAGGUAUGACCUGUUUCACUCUGUUUCUAAAUGUUUUCUCACUAGUGAACAUGACCCUGUUGUGUCUCCAGGCCUGUCUGUGAUGCAUUCCCAGACCAGUGACUACCUGGAUGUAGGGAACAACCCCAGAGUGGGCACCAAACGUUACAUGGCCCCGGAGGUCCUGGACGAGAGCAUCCGCAUGGACAUCUUUGAGUCAUACAAGCAGACAGACAUCUGGGCCCUGGGCCUAGUCCUCUGGGAGAUUUCCAGAAGGACCAUAGUAAACGGUAACACACACACACAGGCAUGCACACACACACAGGAACACACAUGCAACUAUGAGGUCAACGAAAACGCUCUGCCGUCUUUAAUUGAAACAUGUACUGUGGUCCAGUUGGUAAGCGCGUGGUGCUGGUAACAUCAAGGUCAUGGGUUCAAUUCCCACAGGGAUCACAUGAACUUGUGCUGUACUCUCUGUACUGUACUGUAUAAAAGCUUCUGUCUGAACGCAUAUGAAGCCUUUUAAACCAAAGGGACCUGGGGUAGGUUUCUCAUGAUUGAACAAGUUAAUACACAUACUGGAGCACACCAUCCACUCAAACAUUGAAAUUUGAAUUGUCUUAGUCUUAAUACUAGUGCACCAGGACUAUUGGACCUCUAGAACAUGUAUCCUCUGUCCCAAAUGACACAAUAUUCCCUAUGUAGUACACUGCUUUUGACCCCUUUGAGUCCUGGCCAAAAGUAGUGCACUAUAUAGGGAAUAGGAUGCCAUUUGGGAUGCAACUGAACGGUGUAGGAGGGAGUUAGUACAUGUCUCUCUUCACUACAAUGUUGUUCUAUCUGGCAGUCUGUCUUUCUCUAUCCUCUCUCAUGAUUAGCCCUUUAGUCAUUAUAAACGCUCUUAUCUAGUGUCAGCACUCUCCCACCUCACAUAGUCCAGAUGCUCUCUCUCUCUUUAUCUCUCUCUCUCUCUCUUUGUCUGUCUCUCUCUGUCGGUCUCUCUUUCACAUACAUGCACACAAACACACACUUGGUCGCACGCACAUAUACAUACACAGUUGCACACACACACACACACACACACACACACACACACACACACACACACACACACACACACACACACACACACACACACACACACACACAUACACACACAUACACACACACACACACACAACCAAGCCUCCCAGAACUCAAUCACAAUACACUCUCUCUCCAGGGAUUCUGUAUCUUCUCUUUUUUGUCCAAGAUAUACCCAACACUCCUGUUCUCCACUAUCUGAAUUUCAGAGAACUAUUUCAGUCCUUUGUGAAGGAAAAGAUGUAUACCGUAUGUAUAUGAAGCCAACAUAUACAACCCAAAAUCUACUAAACAGAGAACAGAUCUGACAUCAUCUACUGAACAGUCAUUCACCUGUAUCUGUUUUUCUGUCAUUGGAAUCUAGAUUGUUAUUCCAAUGUCACUGUGUGUCAUGAUGUCUGUAGUGUCAUGGUUUCUGUAGUGUCAUGGUGUCUGUAGUUUCAUGGUGUUGGUAGGUCAGUGUUCGUAGUGUUUGAGUGUCUGGUAGUGCAUGGUUCUGUAGUGUCAUGGUGUUGUAGUGCAGGUGUCUGUAGUGUCAUGGUGUUUGGUAGUGUCAUGGUGUCUGUAGUGUCUGUGUCAUGGUGUCAUGGUUGUGGCAUGGUGUGUCAUGUGUCUGUAGUGUCAUGGUGUCUGGUACGUGUCAUGGUGUCUGUAGUUCAUGGUGUUGUAGGUCAUGGUCGUAGUGUCUGGUGUGUAGUGACAUGGGGUCAUGUGUCUGUAGUGUCAUGGGUUGGUCUGUAGUGGCAUGGUGUCUGUAGUGUCAUGGUGUUGGUAGCGUCAUGGUGUCUGUAGUGUUUUGGUGUCUGUAGUGACAUGGUGUGGUCAUGGUGUCUGUAGUGUCAUGUGUCUGGUGUCUGUAGUCUGUAGUGCAUGUUCUGUAGUGUCAUGGUGUCUGGUAGUGUCAUGUGUCUGGUAGUGUCAUGUGUUGUAGUGUCAUGGUGCUGUAGUGUUCUGGUGUCAUGGGUCUGUAGUGCAUGGUGUUGUAGUGGUGUUCUGUAGUGUCAUGGUGUCUGGAUGUCUGUAGUGUCAUGUGUGUACAUGGUGUUGUAGUGUCAUGGUGUCUGGUAGUGUCAUGGUGUCUGUAGUGUCAUGGUUGUCUGUAGUGACAUGGUAGUGUCAUGUGUUCUGUAGUGAUCAUGGGUGCUGUAGUGUCAUGGUAGUGUCAUGGUUGUCUGUGCAGUGUCAUGGUUGUCUGUGUAGUGCAUGUGUCUGUAGUGUCAUGGUGUCAUGGUGUCUGUAGUGUCAUGGUAGUGUCAUGAUGUCUGUAGUGACAUGGUGUCUGUAGUGUCAUGGUGUCAUGGUGUCUGUAGUGUCAUGGUGUCUGUAGUGGCAUGUAGUAUCGUAUGUCAUGGUGUCAUGGUUAUGGUAGUUCAUGAUGUCUGUAGUGACAUGGUGCCUGUAGUGUCAUGGUGUCAUGGUGUCUGUAGUGUCAUGAUGUCUGUAGUGUCAUGGUGUCUGUAGUGACAUGGUAUCUGUAGUGUCAUGGUGUCUGUAGUGACAUGGUAGUGUCAUGAUGUCUGUAGUGACAUGGUGCCUGUAGUGUCAUGGUGUCUGUAGUGUCAUGGUGUCUGUAGUGUCAUGAUGUAUGUAGUGUCAUGGUGUCUGUAGUGACAUGGUAUCUGUAGUGUCAUGGUGUCUGUAGUGACAUGGUAGUGUCAUGAUGUCUGUAGUGACAUGGUGCAUGUAGUGUCAUGGUGUCUGUAGUGGCAUGAUAUCUGUAGUGUCAUGGUGUCAUGGUGUCUGUGGUGUAAUGGUGCCUGUAGUUUCAUGGUGUCAUGGUGUCUGUAGUGUCAUGGUGCCUGUAGUGUCAUGGUGUCUGUAGUGGCAUGAUGUCUGUAGUGUCAUGAUGUCUGUAGUGUCAUGGUGUCUGUAGUGUCAUGAUGUCUGUAGUGUCAUGGUGUCUGUAGUGACAUGGUGUCUGUAGUGGCAUGAUGUCUGUAGUGUCAUGGUGUCAUAGGGUCUGUGGUGUAAUGGUGCCUGUAGUUUCAUGGUGUCAUGGUGUCUGUAGUGUCAUGGUGUCUGUAGUGUCAUUGUGUCUGUAGUGUCAUGGUGUCAUGGUGUCUGUAGUGUCAUGGUGUCUGUAGUGUCAUGCUAUCUGUAGUGUCAUGGUGUCUGUAGUGUCAUGAUUUCUGUAGUGUCAUGAUGUCUGUAGUGUCAUGGUGUCUGUAGUGUCAUGGUGUCUGUAGUGUCAUGGUGUCUGUAGUGUCAUGAUGUCUGUAGUGUCAUGGUGUCAUGGUUUCUGUAGUGUCAUGGUGUCUGUAGUGUCAUGGUGUCUGUAGUGUCAUGAUGUUUGUAGUGUCAUGGUGUCUGUAGUGUCAUGGUGUCAUGGUUUCUGUAGUGUCAUGUUGUCUCUAGUGUCAUGGUGUCUGUAGUGUCAUGAUGUUUGUAGUGUCAUCCUGUCUGUAGUGUCAUGGUGUAUGUAGUGUCAUGAUGUCUGUAGUGUCAUGCUGUCUGUAGUGUCAUGGUGUCUGUCGUGUCAUGAUGUCUGUAGUGUCAUGGUGCCUGUAGUGUCAUGAUGUCUGUAAUGUCAUGAUGUCUGUAGUGUCAUGCUGUCUGUAGUGUCAUGGUGUCAUGGUGUCUGUAGUGUCAUGAUGUCUGUAGUGUCAUGGUGUCUGUCGUGUCAUGAUGUCUGUAGUGUCAUGGUGCCUGUAGUGUCAUGAUGUCUGUAAUGUCAUGAUGUCUAUAGUGUCAUGGUGUCUGUAGUGUCAUGCUGUCUGUAGUGUCAUGGUGUAUGUAGUGUCAUGGUGUCAUGGUGUCUGUAGUGUCAUGGUAUCUGUAGUGUCAUGGUGCCUGUAGUGUCAUGUUGCCUGUGGUUUUCCCACCAAAUCCUCCCCACCUCAAUCAUCAUUAUGUAAGAUGGAAUGUUGGCUGACUCCUUUGGAAUGAAGACGUAGAUAUACUGGUACUGACUGUAUAUGUAACAUGUGUUCCUCAGGUGUGAUUGUGUUUGUUGUUCCAGGGAUAGUGGAAGAGUACCGUCCGCCAUUCUUUGACAUGGUGCCCUCUGACCCCAGCUUUGAGGAGAUGAAGAAGGUGGUGUGUGUGGACCAGCAAAGACCCAGUAUGCACAACAGGCUGCACUCCCACCCGGUGAGACACAUACACAUGCACAUACACUGAGUGUACAAAACAUUAGGAACACCUGCUCUUUCCAUGACAUAGUCUGACCAGGUGAAUCCAGAUGAAAGCUAUGGUCCCUUAUUGAUGUCACUUGUUAAAUCCACUUUUAAAAGUGUACAUGAAGGGGAGGAGACAGGUUAAAGAAGGAUUUUUAAGCCUUGAGACAUUGAUUGUUUAUGUCUGCCAUUCAGAGGGUGAAUGGGCAAGACGAAAUAUUUAAGUGCCUUUGAACGGGGUAUGGUAGUAGGUGUCAGGCGCACCGGUUUGAGUGUGUCAAGAGCUGCAAUGCUGCUGGGUUUUUCACGCUCAACAGUUUCUUGUGUUUAUCAAGAAUGGUCCACCACCCAAAGGACAUCCAGCCAACUUGACACAACUAUGGGAAGCAUUGGAGUGAACAUGGGCCAGCAUCCCUGUGGAACGCUUUCGACACCUUGUUGACAAAUUGAGACUGUUUUGCAUGCAAAUGUGGGGUGCAACUCAAUGUUUGGAAGGUGUUUCUAAUGUUUUGUACAGUCAGUGUAUAUACACGCACACACACACACCACCAAUAGUAAAGAUAUUACAGUGACUUUCUACUGUACAUACAGUGAUAGAACUGAGUGAGAUCUUAUGAUGGGACUCUCUCUCUCUCUUUGUGUACAGAUCCUGUCUUCCAUUGCCAAGACAAUGAAGGAGUGUUGUUUCCAGAGCCCUCCAGCCCGCCUCACAGCUCUCCGUGUCAGGAAGAUCCUCUCCAAGUUGGACCAGAACCAUGACUACCCCACAGAGAAACUCAAAAUGGACAUGUAGGCCUCAACUCCAGAAUACAAGCAGGAUGUCUAGACCUUAACAUAAGACUACAACCAGCACACCAACAAUAGGGUUUAUAGUCUUGUAUAGAGCCUAUCUAUAUCCUUUGCUACUACGUAAGACUCUCAGUGUCCCAUAUUUCUGGUGCAUCUUCCUAUAAGGCCCCCACCAACCUUCAGUAUACCGCCUGGAUCAUUUAAUCAGGAAUACAAUAGAAGGAUUUCAUGUAUUUGCUUUGGCAUAAUCAUCUGCCGAGAUCUGGAAUGGGACAAGCAUUACCAUAGACAAAUAAGGACUUGGACUUGGAUUUUUGAAGAGUUUACUGAAAGGACUUCCACAGAACAUGGACAUUGUCCUCUCCUAGGGGCCCACCGGAUUGAGAGAUCAUCAGAGUUUGGUCCUUGUUAUAGCCUUGUCCUGUGAUGCUUUGGGGAUGGAUGUCUCACUGUUGGAUCAGUGAGGCCUUGUGAUCAUACAGUAUGAUCAUUGCAAGCGGCCGUUAAUGUCUUGCUAGUGCCUUAUUUGUUUUGAUGCACUAUACAGAAUCUAUACAUAUUGAUUGAUUUUGUAUUUCCUGGAAGCCCUUUGAGCUGACCAUCAACAGUACCCUGGUAAUGCUCCCAUUACUGAAAUGUGUUACUCAUGAUCAUAAUAUAAGCCUAGAGCUAAUUAAUUAGUUGUAUCUAACAAUAUAAUAUUGUAUCUUUCACCAGCAUUGGAUUUACUGUAAAAGCUGCUCAAAGUAAAGCACCUACAGUUGAAGUCGGAAGUUUACAUAGUCGGUUUACAUACAAUUAGGUGGAGUCAU